AUACGUACUGGGCUGGCACUGCCCAUCCCGGAGAAGUACUGCGCAUGUGCUACAGCGCAGCGGCGUAGCCAAAGGGGCUCUCUGCACAGAAAGGAAAGAAUUCACGGACUGAGUUUACGUAUAACACAUGGCACCCGGACGCCGGAUAUAGCGAGGUUACGUAAAAAGCGUAGUGAAAACUAAGGAGGUUGAGCUGCUGGAUAUGAGACGGGAGUCGGCAUGAGGUUGCGGGAGAGUCCGGGGUUGCUUAGAGUUACAGGCCUGGUACCCGAUUAGGUGCUGGUGACCCAAGACCUUGAACAUAACAUCAAAUCGCCAUGAGUUCUCUUAUAAAUUCCUCAACAAUUCAAGAAGACUGUUUACAAGGCAACAUUUCUCAUGCAGCUUCUGGCCAAGUCAACUGAAAGUACCUAGCAGGGAGGGAUCCUAUUUUCCCUUCCGCUGGGUCAAUAUGUUAUUCUAUUGCUGAUUUGCAGGGGUGGGAGUGGGUCGGAGGAGGAAAUUGUCUUUCCAUGUUGGUUCCUAACCCCUGGUAGCCACCGUAACCGUGGAGAGGCCCGGCUACCACAAACUGAUGGAUUUUGACCCUAGGGAGGGAAAGGGGGAGUCUGAAGAAGGAGGAAGAAGGAUGUCUAAAACUGGAGGAGCCAGGGGGAGCCGCAGCACAGGAGCCAAUGCUGGGGUAUUAAUGGUGGGACCCAACUUCAGAGUGGGAAAAAAGAUUGGCUGUGGCAAUUUCGGGGAGCUGCGUCUUGGAAAAAACUUGUACACCAAUGAAUAUGUAGCUAUUAAACUGGAGCCUAUUAAGUCCAGAGCGCCCCAAUUACAUUUAGAAUACCGCUUCUACAAACAGCUUGGUAACUCAGAGGGUCUUCCUCAGGUGUAUUAUUUUGGCCCAUGUGGGAAAUAUAAUGCUAUGGUUCUAGAACUGCUUGGACCCAGUCUGGAAGACCUUUUUGACCUAUGUGACAGAACAUUCACCCUCAAAACAGUACUGAUGAUUGCAGUCCAGCUAAUCUCACGUAUUGAGUAUGUACAUACAAAAAGUCUCAUCUACCGGGAUGUGAAGCCGGAGAACUUUUUGUUGGGUCGUCCUGGAAGUAGGCGCCAGAAAACUAUCCACAUAAUCGACUUUGGCCUGGCCAAAGAGUACUGGGACCCAGAGACCAAAAAACAUAUUCCAUACCGAGAACACAAGAGUUUGACUGGAACUGCAAGAUACAUGAGUAUCAACACACAUUUGGGGAAGGAACAGAGCCGCAGAGAUGAUCUAGAAGCGUUGGGACAUAUGUUCAUGUAUUUCCUCAGAGGAAGUCUGCCCUGGCAGGGUCUCAAGGCUGACACAUUAAAGGAAAGAUACCAGAAGAUUGGGGACACCAAAAGAUCCACUCCUGUAGAAGUCUUGUGUGAUAAUUUCCCUGAUGAGAUGGCAACCUACCUUCGUUAUGUUCGCCGUCUGGACUUUUUUGAAAAACCAGAUUAUGAUUAUCUUCGUCGACUCUUUACGGACCUUUUGGAUCAGCGAGGACUCAUCUUUGAUUACGAAUAUGAUUGGGUGGGGAAAACAUUGCCUACUCCUAUAGGCUCUGUAACGGGUGAUGCUCCCACACCAUCACAGAACAAGAAUCAACCACAUUUAAAGCAUCAGGGCUUAAAUUCCACCAAUGGGGAUCUGAACAUUGAUGAUCCAACAGCUGGUCAUUCCAAUGCUCCCAUAACUGCGCACACGGGAGUGGAUGUGACAGAUGACACCAAAGCACAUUUUGAAGAAUUGUUGGAAAUCUAUUUUAAAUUGGACGUUACAGCAAUACAAUCACAAAGAACAGACUCCUUUGUAAAAGGGAAUAUGGACACAUCUGUGGCGCCUACAUGUACAGCCCUUUUUAAAGUAGUAUUGGAAUGAUGUCAUACUGUAGAAUACAGAGAAACAUGGAGAAUAUCUUGGAAACAGAGUCAUUUUCAGUAAGGAAACAGCUAUAGCAGUAACUGCUCUCCUGGAUUGUCUGAUGUCUCAACUGCCAAAUUCCAAGGACAGGAUGCUCACAGGAAUGAAACCCCUAAAAAUGUACUCCGAUAAGAAGAAUUAAAAACUGAUCCCUAUGGCUAUGAAAUAAUGAAGCAACCUCGACUAAGAGCUACAAUAGAACCUGCAGAUGAAGUUGGUAAUUUCUGCAACUACAUCAUCAUCACUGCUGCAUGAAUGACUACUGUAUUUAGUGGGAAGUUCUGCAGACAAUAUUCCAUAGGUUGACCUCACAUUAUCCUUUGACACUUUUAUACCCAAAUCUUUCUCUAGCACCCUUUGUGUUCCACACCUGUAUCAUGCUCCCAUCCAUUUCAAAGACGUGCACCAACACUCCACCACAUAAAUAUGUACAGUCCACCGCACAAAUUACUUUUCACAGACAUAAGAGUGGUUAACAGAUAACAUCUCCCACUACUUUACUUUUCACACUCAAUUGUCUGUGCAUAUGGACCCAACUAAUUGGCCACCCACUUCUCCCAACACCCCAUACUUUUAGAAUGUUUGUUUUAAGUUUAUAUUUUCUAUAUAAUGUUCUUAGGUUUUUACGGUUUUGGCAGUUUUAUUUUUUUCACGGUUAUACCCAACACUUAUUUUGUUUUUUGUGUUUACAUUUUUGUUAAACUGCUUAAAUUAUUAUAUGCAGAAGUUAUUU